CUCGUGUCGGAGUAUUUGGCGUGGAUAUGAAGAAAGUAAUGAAAACAGGAUAAAGGUGAAAGGGAAGAGGCAAGGGAGCAAUAAGAAGAAGAAGAAAAGGAAAAGGAUGGAACGCCGACGAAGACGACAACAACGACGAUGAUGAUGCGAGAAAAAGGAAAAGAAAGAGGGAGUGAAUAAACGGAGGAAAAGGGGUGUUAGAGGGAAGCGGCUGGGGGUUGAACACAAGAGAGGGAACCGAGUGGUGUACCGCCAGCCGAAUGGGGUGAGAGUGGGGUAAAGCCGAGAGGGGAUGCUAGACCAGUUCACCCUUACUUGCCACGGCUCGACUCGUCAGUGCGGCCUGAACGGUUAACCGGCCUACUUGUUCGCGUGGUUCUUUCGAUUCCUUUCAUUCUUGCAAUUUACGUCGUCGAAAUCGUCGUCAUCGUCGUCGUCGUCGUCGUCGCCGCCGCCGCCGCCGUCGUCGUCGCCGUCGUCGUUGUCGUCGUCGUCGUCGUCGUUGUCGUUGUCGUCGUCGCCGUCGUCAUUGCCGUCGUUUCUCAGCUCUUCGCCAUCGACCACGAACCAUCAAGUUUUAGCGACUGUUCGCUCGCGGAACACACGUGAGUUGUAAUAAGCGAGGUACAGUUUGGUUCGUCGUUAAUUCGUGUUGUCGGUGUUCAACUUGCCCUUCCGAUUCGAGUUGGAAAAUUUGCCGUCGAUGAAGAGUCACGUAAGAUAACGAAAAUAAUCGAAGAAAGGGAAGAGAAAGGUAAAAUAGCGAGCAAGGUCGAGAGAAUUUGAGCGAGAAAAAGAGGCGGCCAAUAAACGGAGGGCUCUGCCGAAGCAGCAGCAGCAGCAGCAGCAGCACGCACGUUUCGGCUAAAACCUCGUAUUCCGCUUGUCGCCGCUGUUCUCGUCGUGGUGCUUGUUGCCGAGCUGGACGCAAGGGCAGAAGAAGCAGGGACGGUGCUUGUUCUCUUAGAAAUUCCCAAGCGAUGAUCCGUGAACUUGGAAUGUAGACGGAAGGGCGGAAAAGCGGAUCUGCCCCUCGCAGGAUCGAAGGAAGGGCUUUUCUUCCACCUCCGCUAUCAUCUUCGCCGUUACCUCACUUUUAAAUACCUAAGAUCUCCACAUCUAGACUUGGACACCGCGAGGACACGAUGUCAAGAAACCGAAGCUCCUUGAGCAAGUUCGAGGCCCUGAUGGUGCUAAGUUUAACGGUACUCGUUCAACUGGACGUCUGUUGGUGCACGCCGUCUCACAGAAGCAGACAUCAUGCGGACAUGUCCUACGAGGAUACGAAGAAUUUCCGAAGCAGCGAGGAGCUGCCUAGACCAGCCGCCCUCAAUUCGAACGACGAUCCGCUGGUAGUACAAACCAGAAAGGGCAAGGUCAAGGGUAAGACCAUGACUGCCACCACGGGAAAGGAGGUCGACGCCUGGUUCGGGAUCCCUUACGCGCAGAAACCUCUCGGAGCUCUGAGGUUCCGGCAUCCGAGACCGGCGGAACGUUGGUCGGGGACCCUAAACGCAACUACGCUACCGAAUAGCUGCGUGCAGAUUCUGGACACGGUGUUCGGCGACUUCGCAGGUGCGACUAUGUGGAAUCCAAACACACCAUUGAGCGAGGACUGUCUUUACGUGAACGUGGUCGCGCCACGGCCUAGGCCUACCAAUGCCGCUGUUAUGGUAUGGAUAUUCGGUGGUGGCUUUUACUCCGGAUCGGCGACCCUCGACGUUUACGAUCACAAAACCCUGGUGUCCGAGGAGAAUGUGAUUCUAGUCUCGAUGCAGUAUCGAGUCGCCAGCCUGGGUUUCCUGUACUUCGGAACGUCGGAUGUUCCUGGGAACGCCGGUCUGUUUGAUCAGAUGAUGGCCCUUCAGUGGGUCCGCGACAAUAUCGCUGCCUUUGGCGGAAAUCCUGACAACGUGACCCUGUUCGGAGAGAGCGCGGGCGCCGUUUCCGUUUCUAUGCACCUCCUUUCGCCUCUAUCAAGGCAUCUCUUCAGUCAAGCCAUCAUGCAGUCUGGCUCUCCAACAGCACCAUGGGCCAUCAUCUCGCGCGAGGAAUCGAUCAUGCGCGGCAUUCGAUUGGCAGAAGCUGUCGGUUGUCCUCACGAUCGCGACAACUUGCAAGAGGUGAUCGAUUGUCUGCUGAUUAAGGAUCCGAUUGAAUUGGUGAAGAACGAAUGGGGCACCCUGGGCAUCUGCGAGUUUCCGUUCGUUCCCGUGAUCGACGGCGCCUUUCUCGACGAGACGCCACAACGCUCGCUGGCCACCUCGUCCUUCAAAAAGGCCAACAUCAUGAUGGGCUCGAACACCGAGGAAGGUUUCUACUUUAUUAUUUACUAUCUCACCGAGCUGUUUCGCAUCGAUAUGGCCGAGGAUGUAAAAGUCAGCAGGGAACAGUUCGUUAGCGCCGUUACCGAAUUAAAUCCGUACGUCAAUCAGUUCGGAAGGCACGCCAUUAUCUACGAGUACACGGACUGGCUACGUCCGGACGACCCUCACAUGAAUCGCGACGCCCUGGAUAAAAUCGUCGGCGACUAUCAAUUCACUUGCAACGUGAACGAAUUUGCUGGCCGUUACGCCGAUACGGGGAACACCGUUUACAUGUAUUAUUACAAACACAGAUCGGCGAACAACCCAUGGCCAAGAUGGACCGGUGUGAUGCACGCGGACGAAAUCAGCUACAUCUUUGGCGAGCCGUUGGAUUCUUCGAAAGGAUACAUGCCCGAGGAAAUAAAUUUGUCCAAGAGAAUGAUGAGAUAUUGGGCGAACUUUGCAAAAACAGGGGAUCCGAACGUCGGAGAUGUCGAGUCAUGGACGCAGACCUAUUGGCCGCCGCAUACUGUCGCCAAAAAGGAAUACCUGACGUUGGAUACCAACAGUUCCGAAAUCGGAAACGGACCUAGAGCGAGGCAGUGUACUUUUUGGAAGAAAUACCUUCCGCAACUCCUCGCCGCUACUUCGAAACUGGAACUUAGUCAGAAGAUGGCAUGUAGCGGUACGAGAGUAACCGACGGAGGACAUCUGUUCCUGAUGUUGAGCCUGCUGCUAAUCGGUACCCUGUUCAGUCAUAGGAUCGCGAUUCAAUCGAAUGCGAACAGUGUGCCGGAGAUGAUCGACCCCAGGGGCUUCGUCUAGCUUCCGCAGUUAGCUCUUUGGAUCGUUCUCGAUCGUCCGGGAAGAGGCCAAUGGAACGCGAAUACGGACCAGCGAAACGAUCGACGACCUUCUAAAGCGUGUAAACGAAUCAAUGGCAUCGUUCGUUGAUAUCUCGAGGCGAUUCGAAGCGAGACAGACACAUAUCAAUACAGCGGAGGGCGCUCGAUCGACCCACUAUACACGAUCGUCUUGUCACCGGUUCGCUAGUGAGAAAGAUCUUGUAGAUCGAGAGACAAAUCUACGUCGUCCCUUAGAGGAGGGGACGCGGCAGAAACUGUACGCUAGACAAAGGACUCGAAGAUCUCCUUGAAUCGACGUAAUCGAUCACCGACGAGUGUCGUUUUAUCGUUCUGCAAUUUUAGUCGUUCCUCUAUUCUCAGUCUUUCGAGAACGCGAUCGACAAAGUCCUCGCGAAUCGAGAACGCGACCGUGGUUGAUAUCGUUGGUGGAGUCGCAAUACAUGGAGAAAAUAGCAAUCGUAAAGAUAUAACGUACGCGCGGAAUCGAAAGUUACUACGCGUAUCGCACGUUUCCAGGUACGGGACACGCGACGCGCGACACGCUCUCGGUCGAGCAAGACGCUUCUAGUUGUAAGAACGACGCCAACAUCCUAAAACCAUCAAUUGGUCCCUCGUAAAUCGUCUGACCUACUCCGACAGCGACUACUCACGCGACCAAUGUAAAAUCACGCUCGUACCGCGCUUUAUUCCGCGUUUGCAAUUUCACUCGGGUAUCGGAAAUUUAUUCGUCUGUCUCGUAGUUGGUUCUUGAAACUUAGAAUUUCCAUGGGGAUCAACGGGGAACGUAACGUAAGUACAGCGUAACGCGCCACUAAUUUGAUCGACCCGUUGCACCUGAGAGGAAAAAAAAUACGCUACAAAAUAGAAUUUGAUGGCAGGCAGACAGCGUACACGCUCUUCCCGUACGUUCUAGUUUUUGAUUAACGCCACGGCAAUAUAGGUCACUGCAUCGGUGCUUUUAUUUUACAAGCGAGAUCACCGCCGUGGACCUGCACGUUAUCGCGAAACGCACUCGGCCCCUGGACGCUUAAUCUACCCGCGACAGGAUAAUCCGCGCGCUAUUCGCUGAAAAUAUCAUCGCACAAACGAUCGUUAUCCUUUAGCUCAGCGAACUUUGUAUCAUCGUCGAACGAUCGCAUUCGCGCUGACGAAAAUUUGUAGAAAAAUUGACGCGAUGUCUGCGGAUUUUCGGAAAGGCUAGAAACGUUCUGUGGACCGUCGGUCGACGCAUUCGCCAGGCUUUCAUUUCGGGGGCACGACUUCCUUUUAAUCUUGCCAUUAUUGGUGCUGCAACUGUCUACCAACAGGUACGGUAAUGCGAGCCGCAAUUCGAUCUAUAUACUCUGCGGCCGCUUAUACGUGCGCAUGUUUGUAAUGCGGUGCAGCUACUGCAGAGUCGAUUGCAUUCGUACAAAUUGCGGAGAUUUAAACGCCGUGGGACCGACCAACAGCUCGGCCAUCCUGGAACAUCCGUCCGAUAUUAUCGUAGCGAUCACCGCGAAUAAAUCUCCUCGACGAUCGUCGUUCCGUUCGUCGCGCGACGCAACUCCAGACGCGAUCGUUCCCACAAAUACAGACGUAUAUCUCUGUUUUUAUUUACUCGAUUUAUUUGGAAAAAGAAAAACGGAUUGACCCAUUCGGUGAUCGGAAGUACAAUACAUUUUCGCACAAGGCGCGUACACGUCGAUACGUUGCAUCGACAGAAAUCAUGGCGGUCUUCUGCAUCGAGUCCCGACAGAAUUGCAAAUUGCAUUCGGUUCAGCGCGACUGAUUUAUCAGCGGUAAACUGAUCGACAUUGACUACGCGGAUGGAAUGCUCGAUCGAUAGUCCGUUCGUGGUACAGGAGAAACGGAUGGUCGACGUGGCGGAUUUGUUCUAAGGACGGUUGUUUGCAAUUUCAAAAUUAUCAGUUAAUGGCAUCGCUAAGAUGAUAGGAGAAAGAAGGCGAAACGUUGUUUCUUCGCCAACGAUUCUAAACUGCCGAACCGUUCUUCGUUGUUCUCCGGAUAAGAUCUAUCGUUCGUACGAACGCUCGAGGAAAGAUAUUGGAUUUCAUUCGCUUCGUCUACGAUGAUGGUUGUUCGUAAGGACGCGCGGAGAACGUCGUAAAAUUUUAUGGCACGACAGCGAAUGCAGAGUUCGUCGCAGUCGUAUUAAAAUCCUUCCGACUGCGGUACCAACUGGCGAUCGAAAUUAAACGACCGCCAGGACGCGUUCAGGUGCGCUCUCGCCGUAUCGAAGGUGCAUUCCUACGUGUAUCUCACGCGCUCUAUUUUCCUCGCGGCUCCGCCAUCGAUUUUACACGAGAAUACGCUUCUAUUCUUCCAACACGGCUACCGACGAAGGUCGCGCUUAGCGUUUCAAGCAUCGGUCCUCUCUACAUCGAAAUUUCUUCCUAAACUCCGCUAACGGAGCAAUUCCUAUCCAUUCCGCGUCUCGUAAUCCUUUCUCUUUCUUCUCCGCUCCUUUCUCUCUGCUCUUUAUCAUUACUUUUGUAGAAUCCAAGUGCGACAGCAAGCGUGGAAUUUGUAAUCCUUUCUUCCAGGAGACGACUUUUCCAGGAGGCCACUAUUCUCCGUGUACCUUUGUCUCAUUUUCUACAUCGAGAUCUUCCAAACGGUGUAACGCAAUUUUCCUAGAAGUGAACCGCGAACAAACGUGUGAUUCCGAGGACACGACGAUGCACGAUUCCGCAUACAUAAAAUAAAUAAUAUUCAGCUUACCCGUAGCAUGACGAAACGUCGACAGGAUAAACGCGAAAUUAACGCAACGCUGCGAAAACGUACACAGAUCCCGUCGAAACGGCGACGGGGAGAAGACAGUUCUAGAGUCAAAGAAGGAACCGCGGCUGGCCGAUGAACGAACGAACGAUCUAUCAACCGAAGAGGAAAUCGAAGAGCACGAAGCGCCCGCCAUUCCCGAGUAAACGAAGAGCAAACUCGAAAAACCGUGCGUUUCUUUCUUCCGUUCUCGCCAUCUCCCGUGUUCCUCGCGACAGUAGAAAGGAAACUUGCACGAACGCAGGCUAAGUUUUAAUUAAGAUUUAAUCACUAAUUACCUGUAAUAACUAUUACUGUAAGUAGAAUGACACCGCGCGCGUACACGUACACGCGUGUAUUUUGUGUGUGUACAUACGAUAUUCCCCAAAAUAUCAGAUAGACAUAUAUACAUGUACGUAGAAUGCGUUAUCGAUUCAUCAAAGAAUCGACCGAUCAAACAAUUUUUCUUUCUGCCUAUUGCCUCGAUGAUCUCUCUCCCUCUGUCUAUUUGCUCGGUGUCUAUUUGAUCGUUUGAAAUCAAUGAUUUUCGCUGUGUGUGAACGAAAGAAACGAAGGAAAGAUAGUAAGGUAAAUUAUUGGCCAAGAGAAUUCCGUUUCCUAUCCUUUCGAAACUUUCUUACAACAACAGCUUCGUAAAAGAAGUUGCCUCUACGAAAAUUGCAAAUGAUAAAGAAAAUUCUCUACUCGGAGUCUUCCAAUCGGCUAAAUCUGCUUUCCUUUCUUUUUUCCUGCUUUCGAUCGACGACAGGCACGCCUUUCCUCCCUUUCCAACCGGACUGUUUCCAUCUUAGUAUCGCUGGCGCUUUGCCAACGAAUCUUCUUGUCGUGUUUUUUGUCGGUAUCGAGCAACUUGCUUCCACUGAUACCCGAGAAUAAUUUGUUCUCUACCCGUUGAAUCGUUUUGUGUCUUCGAACCUACGGAGCACCACGUAUUUCUACCUUACUUGCGUAUUUAGAGAAUUAGUCGAUUACUCUGUCGUCUGUGUUUAAGAACAAGAAUAAGAGAGAGAGAGAGAGAGGGGGGGGGGAGUAUUCAUAGAGCAAAAUCCAAAAAAUUCCAAGGAAAGACGAAAGAAGAAAGACAGCGAACGAACGAAGCUUACCUACGGUAAUCGGUAAUUUUGUGGAGAAACGACUGGUUUCCGAGCAACCGAAAUCGCGCUUAUUUUGUAGCGUAAAUGAAUAAAAUCAAAAGAGAUACCUUGCUCGCCUGCUUCUGCAACAAUCAAAUUUAGCUAUUUUUCCUUUUGUCUCGAAAUGGAUCUCGAUUUGCUUACGCUAGUUGGAGGAUUAACGGCAAAGCGUGGCAAAAUCACGCGAGAGCGGUUACAGUUGAAAUACGAAUUUAGUUGGGUCGCGACAAUGUUACUUUGGAAAUUGCAGUUGGUCGAAACGCGUUUUUCAUUACUUGUAUAAUAUUAUGUAAAUAUACCAUAACGGUAAUAAUCGAGGAAUAGCGUCCCCUUUUAAUCGACGAUAAGCAAAGUAAAAAGAAAGAAAAAGUAUAAAUCUGACCCAUAAGUAUUCUGGAUUCGCUAACUAGCAGAUUUGGAAAUAAUAAAUCAUACGAAAGUAUAUGCGUAUAUGUGUACGCGUCCACCUGGCCGCGUUAAACUCACUGCGAUCGCGAUUUCAAUGCAUUAUGUAUAAUAACAUUAUACAUACUAUACAUACGUAUAUAUAAGUACAUGCAUAUAUAAAUAUAUACAUACGUAGCAUGUAUAGAAAUACUUUAGAGACGGUAUCGUCGUACGUUUGUAUAUACGUUGUCACCCGCACCUAUCGCGGCUCACGAGAUUGUAAAAUGAAAUGAAACGAAAUGAAAUGGGACGAAAUGAAAUGAAAUUAGAUGGGACGAAAUAAAACGAAAUGGAGCGAAACGAAGCGAAACGAAAAGAAACGAACAGAAGGAAACGUAAACGAGCUUGCUGAGCCUAAUCGAUUUAAGAUCGAAGAUUCGUUUAAAAUAUCUUGAUUUCCGAUUCGCGGAAGAAUCGGCGCUCAAAUUUCCUCGAUAUCCUCUCUUUCAAACGCGUUUUUACCAUUCAAAUAAAUACAAGUCAAGGAACGUUUCCCUCUCUUCAAAUUUUCAAAUAUACAUACCUAAUUGCGUCGAUACGAUAACAUGUUCGUAAAUGAUAACGACUCGGUCGAACGGACGAUAAUUUGUUUGCAAGACACCUCGUACAUAUUUCGCGCCUAAUAUAUAUUUCCAAGUAAAAGCGACGUCCGUGAAAUUGCAGCUCCGUUCAGGUGAACGCGCGAUUUAAGAACUAAAUGUAUUUCAUCGUUAUCGAGGAUUCUUCGUCACGCGGCGCUUUUCCAGUUCGAGGAUGAACAUUUUUCAAGGGGAACGCUUCCGCUUGAACCUCUCCAUCUUUCACCUCAAUUCCUUAUUUCUUUCCCCUCCGUGAAAGAAAAGGAAAGAAAGCGAGAUCUGGAUUUCGAAAGAUUCUUAUUGACUAAUCCGAUAUACAACGUACGUAUGUUUGUUCGUAUUGGCAAUAACGAAGAGCAGUUUGAUAAAUUCUAUAGCAUAGAAACGUUCGCUCCGCCGAUCUAUUUUCAAUGCGACCAGACGGAUAUUCCUAUUAGCGUAUAUUUCUAGAAAUUCUUUUCUUUCCUCUACAUUCUGCUUUGUUUGAGCUACGCCAGAGGUCGCGCGAUAGAGCUCGUUUCGUCGAGGAGGAGAAGAACGCUUUAGCAUAGAGUGGAACAAGUAAUCGCGAUCACGAUGCCGCAAAUAGGUAACAGAGAUAGAUAAAAUAGUUCGACGAGACCAGAACGGUAACAAAAAUACGUAGAAUUUGCCAAUGAAGGAAUGAAUACGCAAUCUCUGCUCGCGAUGAUUCCUUCUGCAACUUUUGCCUAUUAUUAUACACGAUAUCAUCGAACACGGUGGAGAAUGAUCGAGAGGUAGUGUAAUUGAUUCCAGUAGCCGGCAGAAGUUCCAGAGUGAUUUAUUACAAGUCCGUACAAAGGACUCUAAACGAUCUUCUAUCGCGGUGCCAGGCGCCGGGUGCAUUCGAGUCAAAGAAUAUAAUAGAAAAAAAGAAGAAGAAAAAGUACAUAAAAAGGAACGGAAAAAUAACGAAUUGCUGUCAGAUAUAUAAUACUUUUCUCAUUCGUUGAAUCGGAAAAAAUCGUGUGAAGCAACGGCGGAACGCUCGGAGAAAAUUUUUAAAAAUGAUAAUUAUCGCGAUAACGGUUCGAGUUUUCGCGCAACUAACUGUGACUCUAUGUAUGUAAUUUAAUGUAUAAUAAUCGCAAAAUACGCGCCGCCGGUCCUCCGUAUUCUAAAAUGACGAUUCGUUGCUCGAGAUCAACAUGAGCGCAAAAUGCGAAGAAUAAUUCUCAACGAUAAUAAACUUGUGUAAAUAUCAUACAGCCCAAGUACGUGUAUAUAGCUGGCUAAAAAAAAUAUGCUAAUCGUGUCGGUACAAGAAAUUACUUAUUGUUAGAGGCGAUUGGAACAGGAAAAUAUUUACGUGUACACAAGUCAAAUAUAGGGAAAGAAUUCGCGCGUUUCUAGAUAUGCUAUACACUGUACACUGUACGAUAUUGUAACGUAAUUUAGAAAAGAAGCGAAGAAAAACCAUAAAUACUGAUGUUUUUAUACGAAUCAAAGAGGGGUAGAGGAGGACCGACGGAUAUCGAGGAAAACAACGGAGAGACUAUUUUAGCGGAGAAAACCUUGUUUUAUCUUCCUUCCUUUAUCGAAUCAAAAGAAAUCUUACUUCUGUCAAUGGGAUUCACAGCGAGUCGCUGAAAAAGUAGCCCGCAGGCCUAAAUACGCUCUAAUUAAUUACAAAAAAAAAACAAAAACUAAGUAAUUACCAUAGCCGAAUAGUUGAUCAAAUUCAAUACGACAUUUUCGAGUUGCAUCGUCGUGUUUUCUCGUUAAUCGUCAUAUUGGAUUACGAUCAUUAACGCAAUCGGCCAACAAAGGGUCGCGUUUGUCCGAUGCAUUUUCCUGAUUACGCAACGUUCGCCACGAGAUCAUUUGUUUCCUUUUGAUUUUACCAACGAAAUUCUUUGAUUCGAUCCAAAUUAACGACAAUUUUAGACGCAAAUGGAUUUUCUCUAAUCGACGAAACUUUCAUAAAUUUCGAUUUCGAAAGCAUUACGUUUACAAUAAACUAUCUUUAAACCUCCAUUGAUCGGAAUUAAUAUCAAAUCGAUCACAAUAUUUUCGACAGCGUUUCGUAAAUAUAGAAAUCGAUGUCGAAUCGAAAAAUGCAUCGGACAUCGCACACGCAAAGAUAGUGCAAACUAAAAACAUCUAACAAUUUACCAUACGGCAAACCGACUACCUAGUAUAAUCUAUACGUAUAAAUAUAUAAAUAUAAAACAUAAUGAUUAUUCAUUAAAUACUAUCAUUGAUUAUUGA